GGGAUGGCAGCCCGGGCUGACUGGUCGUCCCGUGUCCGCCGGGCUCGGGCAGAUCCCCAGAACGCCGGGCACAGCCGGGGGGCGGCGGGGGCUCGAGGCUGUCCUGCGUGGAAGGGACCGCUCGCCGAGCCGGGGCAGCCCCGGGCGGAGGUGGGCUCUGUCCCCAGGGGCUCAUUUCGCCCCCCGGUGCUGGCAGGGCACCUGGCCGGGCUGCUGGCAGCGGGACCCGCCUGCGCCGACGCUUACCGGGGCCUCUCGGACUGCGUCCUCAAGCUGGGGGACAGCAUGGCCACGUACGAGGAGGAGGAGGGCAUCGAGCUGCAGGGGCUGCGCCGAGUCUGCAGGUACUGGGAUGAAUUCCACACCUGUGCCCUGACAGUGCUCUGGGAGUGCCAGAAGGAAGCAGCAGCUGUCUGGGAGAUGCUGAGAAGGGAGUCCCGAAAAACCAAAUUUCAAGGCAGUUUGUUCGACCUCUGCAGCCCCAGCACGACCCAAAGCUUUGCCUGGACCCGCGUUCCCAACAUUUCCAUCCUCAGCAUCCCCCUCAUCGUCACUUGGCUGAAUUUAUAAACUGCAGCUCUGUGAGUAUCCCAACAAAAGUGAUUGCAGUGUGUGGUGUGGCAUCUUUCAGAUCUAUUUUCCAAACCUUUGAGGAAUACACUGUGUGGAGCUCAAAAACUCCCGCUCCAUCCUGUGGCUGUGAGACGUGGAAGAGCUCGGCAGCAUCUUCAGGGUGUUGAAAUUUCUCUGUAAUUGGAAUAAUUCCUGUCCCCUUCUGCCUCAAGGCACAGACACGGAUCUGGCUGUCAGGAGAUUUGGGAACUUGUAAAUACAGGGCACAGAAUUUGGGGAGAAAUGAUAAAUUCUGGAAAAAGGAUGAAUGCUGGACACUUCUGCACUCUUCUAUGGCAACUGGAAGGAAACCCAUUUCAUUUGCUGACUCUUUCCACCAGAUCAACUCUCCAGGGUUUUGAUUUGGGCACUCAAAACAAGAUGGGUAUUUUCCCACUGCUCCAUGAGGUGCAGGGGAUGGUGGCUGAAGGGAGACCUUACUGCCCUGUACUGGUCUUUUUUCUUUGAGGACAUGGUAAAACCCCUGCUGAACAAUAAUCACAGUUGCAUGACUUCUCUUGCACACAUCUGAAUUCCUGAGUAACUUCUGUGUUAUGUGUAAAUCCCUUUCCUAAGGGCAGAGGUGAAAAGUAUUUGGGAGAAGAGGGAGUAUCAAGCUAGGAGGACAAAAGGGAUUUAUAGGGACUCUUCUGCUUUAAAGCUUUCCCCGAGGUAUCUUUAAGCAGCUGUGGGUAGAAGUGUGUAAUUCCAGAGUAUUAAAGCUUGUUGUAGAGCCAACAGCAUGGCAGAAGUUAUUUGU